GGGACUCACGGCCUGCGCCGAGGGCCCAUGAGACAGCCCACGUGCAUCCUCCACGCCCUCCCGGCAUUGUCAAGAAUGGGACGCGGGUUUGCCAUUUGUCCACGAGGUACCCUUGCGGUCUGCAUUAGGGUUUUGCUUGUGCAAAAGGCGUGGCAGCAGAUUUGUUUUUUGAGGAGGAGAGGAGCAUCCGCGCACGGAGCAGUUUUCGGGCGGGAAAGUGGCCGGGAAGAGCGUGCUUCUGUCAAGUGUUUGAGGAAAAGCGACUCUGCCAGAAAUGAGGCCUGCGCAGCUGCGGCAGCUUCUCUGGUCCCGCUCCAGAACUCCACGCCCCUGGCUCCCCAAAUCAGAGGAAACACCCUAGUGGAGGUCUGUGUCCACAGAACCAGAGAUGGCGUCCGUGGAUUUCAAGACCUAUGUGGAUCAGGCCUGCAGAGCUGCUGAAGAGUUUGUCAACGUCUACUACACCACCAUGGAUAAGCGGAGGCGUUUGCUCUCCCGCCUGUACAUGGGCACAGCCACCCUGGUUUGGAAUGGAAAUGCCGUUUCAGGACAAGAAUCCUUGAGUGAGUUUUUUGAAAUGUUGCCUUCCAGUGAGUUCCAGAUUAAUGUGGUAGACUGCCAGCCUGUUCAUGAUGAAGCCACGCCAAGCCAAACCACAGUCCUCGUUGUGAUCUGUGGAACAGUGAAGUUUGAGGGCAACAAACAGCGGGACUUCAACCAGAACUUCAUCCUGACCACCCAGGCCUCUCCCAGCAACACCAUGUGGAAGAUUGCAAGCGAUUGCUUCCGGUUCCAGGACUGGGCCAGCUAGUAGGAGCAACAAAAGCUGCUAUGCUUCAGCCCCAGCUCCGUAGAGACACUCACAUCUCAAAUCUCGGAUGUAGGGUUCACACAUUCAUUUCAGUGUUGCGGGGACACUGCAGACUACACUGUGCUAAGGCUGAACUCUUUGGACGUUGCUCAAGUUCUAGGAGUACACUUGUUUGUCGUAGUUUCCUUUUAAAAGUAGUAAACUUUUCUAUUUUUCUAUUUGCCCAGUGGAGACCUUGAUUCUGGAAAUUCUGACAAAUAAUAUAAUAAUACAAAUGUUGCUACUUCCCUUUG